GCAAAUCGGAGAGAUAGAAGCUAUAUAUACAUAUACAUAUAUAUACAUAAUCUCGCCGGAAAAUUUAUGCCUAUAAUAUUUUACGUAUCAAACUUCGUAAAAACGAUAGAGGAGGGUCGUGAGAGGUCUAGGAAUACUUCCCAAUAAAUUCCAGACCGAUUCGUAGUCACCGGAGCAUCCUAGAGGUCGCCGGAGUUGCAAGCCAUGGAAACGGGUCUUCAGAAAAAGCGGACAAUUGGCCGUAGAUAGGGGUGGGGAAGCUUCGUCUUGACGUGAGGAUCAUUUUGCAACUUGAAUCGUCGAAAUCCGUUACCUAAGGAGAAUUCAAGUGAAGAUCAAGCUAGAGAUUUUAUUAAGGAGAUUAUCGCAAUUUAAGAUAUCAUGGCACCGAGAAGAGACCCUGAUAACACGCCCACCAAUGCUGAGUUGGCACAAAGCGUUCAACAACUGGCACAAUUUAUGCACACAUUGGGUGCUACUGUGCUCCAGAACAACCAAAACCAGAACAACGGGAAUGAUGCCGCAAAACGAGUGGCAUCUCGCAACCCGCCAAGCUUUCAUGGGCAAGAAGAUCCUCGUAUCCUCGAGAAUUGGCUCCGACUCUUUGACAAACUCUUCGACGCGGUGAGCUGUCCGGAAGAGCAAAGGGUUGACAUUGCUGUUUACUAUUUACAGCAAGAGGCGGAUAACUGGUGGGUCUCAUCAGGCCCAACUUUACGUCAACAACCUGACUUCAAUUGGGAAGCUUUCAAGAUCGCCAUGAGGAAACGUUUUUAUCCUGCACACGUUCAGGCCACCAUGCGUGAUGAAUUCAUACAUUUGAAACAGAUGGGCAUGAGUGUCCAAGAAUAUCACAAUAAAUUCGUGGACCUCGCGCCAUUUGCGAAAACAAUAGUGCCUGAUGAAAGCACCAAAGUUGAGAAAUUUAUCUACGGAUUAAACUAUGAUACGCAGAAAAUCGUCGCUGUUUUGGGUUGCCAAACUCUGACUGAUGCUUAUGAUAGAGCUGCAGUUCACUAU